UGGAUACAGAAUCGCAUUGGACAGGCUCGGGCGCGAUGGACCUGCCGCCGACGUACGUAGCGGACCUCUACCGCCACGUGCUCCUGGGCGUGAAGGCGUCGAAUGCGAUUCCGAGCGGCGAAGACGAGUUCCAUUUUCAGUACAAGUUCAACGAGGCCUUCCGCGGCCAAGCCGAUGCGCUUGGCGAGCGCGUCACGACACUCCUGCAGCAGCUGCAGCACGUCAACAACAAGCUCAAGUCGGACAACGACGACGACGUCGCUGUGUUUGACCCGCUCGAGGAGAAUGGCCCGCUCACCGACCUCGUCGACUCGCUCCUCGAAGACGCGUCCAAGCAGAUCGAGCGCUUCCAGAAGGGCGAGGUGCAAGCGACGCCGGCGACCACGACGCCCGUAGCGCCGGCUGCGACCGUCACGACCAACGCAGCGAUCAACAAGCCGCAGGAGAAGUUUGCGGACAAGAUUGACAACUCGGACGCGCCGUUUGUGACCAAGUUGAAGACCAAGGUGCACGCAGCGACCGUGGCCACGGAGCACGACACGACAGGGUCGGACGAACCGUACCACCCGUAUCGGUCCGAGAUUGCGUCGCUUGCGUACCAGCCGUGGCAGCUUGCGCCGUCGACGACGAAGCGCGAGAUGAUCUCGCUCGAGAAGGCGACGUACACGUGGGUCGACACGGAAGAAACGCUCGCGGCCAUGCUGGCGACAUUGGCGACGACCGACAUCCUCGCGAUCGAUCUCGAGCACCACAGCUACCGCUCGUACCAAGGCUUCCUCUGUCUCAUGCAGAUCUCGACGUGGGACGCCGACUGGCUCGUCGAUACGCUGGCCCUGCGCGCGCACCUCCAGGCGCUCAACACGAUUUUCUGCGACCCGACGAAACUCAAGGUGCUCCACGGCGCCGACAUGGACAUUCUCUGGCUCCAGCGCGACUUUGGCGUGUACAUUGUCAACAUGUUUGACACGGGCCAGGCCGCGCGCUGCCUCCAGUACCCGCGCUUCUCGCUCAAGUACCUCCUCCAGACGCACUGCAACGUGACGGCCGACAAGCAGUACCAGCUCGCCGACUGGCGCGUGCGUCCGCUCGACGACCCGCUCAUCAAGUACGCUCGCGAAGACACGCGGUACCUCCUCUUCAUUUACGAAAUCCUCAAGCGCGAGCUCGUGUCGCACAAGAGCGGGGCAACCAACUUGCUCCACCAAGUGUACGCGCAGUCGGCAGCCGUCGCGCUCUCCGUAUACGAGAAGCCCAAGGUGCAUACGUUCGAUGAACUCUUUGACAUGGCGCUCAAGCUCAAGAGCACGGUCGGUCUCGAGACGAUCUCGGACAACCAAGCGCACAUCUUUGAACAACUGUACCUCUGGCGCGACAACCUCGCGCGCUCGCUCGACGAGUCGCCGGGGUUCGUGUGUCCCAACGCCGUGCUCUUGAAGAUCAUGAAGGGCGUGCCGACGACGCCCGCUGCGCUCUUCCGCCUCUGCAACCCGGUGCCGCCGCUUCUCCGCAAGCACGCGCACGAGCUCACGUUGCUCAUUGCGCGCGAGGCAUCGGCGCCGUCAUCCAUCGCGGUGCCGGUGGCCGCGCCCAAGAAGAAGGCCACGACGACGCUGCUCGUGCACGAAGAGAACGAUCAGAUUUAUGGCUUUGCGGGCUGGAAGCUGCCCAAGCGCACGACCUCGGCGGUCAUCGCCGAGGCGUCGACGUCGCUGGCGCCGGCCUUUGACAUGCAGCUGGAAGCAGACGGCCACGAGGCGCUCGAGAAGGUGCGGGCUGCCUUGGCGGCCACGGCGUUUGUCGUCGUCGACUUUAUGCAGCAAGCGCCCGCGCCAUCGCCGGUUGUGGCGCCGAAGGACGAGGUAGAAGAGGACGUGUACGUGGCGCCCAAGUCGCUCACGGAGAACUACCCGAAACUCAAGAAGCGCAAGUUUGAGAGCAAGGCGACCAAGGACGCGGCGGCGGCGACGGCGGCGCUCAACCCGGUCGACGAGGCGGCGCCGUUCGAAGGUUUCAACUAUGCGGCCGCGGCCGCGAGUGUCGAAGCCUCCAAGAUGGACGUGGACGCAAUGCUCAAGCAGCAGGAAGACGACAAGCGCAAGAAGCGGCGGGCGGGUUACAACCCGUUCGUCGGCGGCAAGGACACAGUCAACCAAAAGCGCGGCUACAACGCGCCGCGAAGCUCGACCUUUCGGUAAUCGUAUGCGCAUACGAUGCAAUGACUGCGAUAGACGAUGAUAAGGAUGAUAACUAUGUAUGGUAAAGUCAAUCGCACGCCAGCAGUUGUUCUUGCGUGCCGGCUCA